UCAAAUCAAGUCGUCCCCCUCAUCCUCGCCGCCCAUGAUCAUUCGCGCCGCCUCUCGCUGCAGGUCUUCAAGACCGGCGACGGGCACGUCGACCUCGAAUUUGAGCUUCGCUGCCACCGUACGGAAUUCAAGCAGACCGGCCUUGGUUUCGAUUGGCGACCCUCCGCCCCCGGCGGGCGGCUUGAGGCCAAGCAGCAUUGGGAUGCCCGCAUCCAUCACGCCGUCGAACACUCGUAGCUGUAGAAGUCGAACAACCUGAUACAAACGACGCUCUGGAUCGAGCAAAACAUGACAAAGUGUCGCAUGUAUGCUCGUCAGUGCAUCGCUGCCGUUCCUUACCCAGAAAGAUAGCGUCAGCCUCGAAGGUGUCGUCAUAGUGGGCGAGCACGAAGAUCACAAACAGGUGCAGAACAGUCCUGGCCAUACAGGGACAGCAUUAAUUCAUGUGUGCGUAUGGAUGCAUGUGUGUGAGUGUCUUACUCUUUGAACGAGAGUGGGGGGCCGCUGACGCUCUCGAACAACCUGCGCUUGGUGAAUGUGUUCAGCGGCUCGGUGUAUCGACGACACCCCUUCCAUCACCAUGCCGCAGCCACCGACUCCUCCAUCCCUCGCCUGCCCAUCUUCACUCCCUGCAACCCCACCAGGGCCGGCGCCAUCAAAAUCGAGAAUGUCUACAUCGUCGUGCACAACAUCCCCAGCCCCAUGCGCUAUGAGCUGAUGAUCCUCUUCGCGAGUGCCGACCUCACCUCCCCCAGUCACGGCAAGCCGGCCGGUCUGGACGCCGUCAGCAGCCGCCUCAUCGAAUUCCUGCGACUGCUUUGGGCGGGCAUCGAGAUGGACGUCUAUGACGCCGAGGAGGGACGGAUGAGGACGAUGCUGGUUCAGGAGGGACGGAUGAGGACGAUGCUUGUAGUGAGGGUUAACUUCAGUGCCGAAUCACCCUACAAGCGCCACAUUGCCAGAAAACUGACCCAGGGGGGUGGGAAACUGUGUUCUGUGCGGAAAACCGGGGCCCCAUGCGGAAAACUGAGCCAGGGGCCCGGAAAACUGGUGAUCUGCAGUGGAAAACUGACCACCUGCGUGGAAAACUGGCGCUCCCACGUGGAAAACUGGCCAUCCGACGUGGAAAACGGGUUCUCUGCCGCCUGUACCCAGUUUUCCAU